UCCAGAAUACGGGAACAAUAUGGUGGCUUACAGAACUAUAACAGAUAGAUCUAGUCUCUGUCUAAUGUUCUUUUAAGUUGAAGUAUUUUAUAACAUGGAAACCAGGAAUGGGUUGCCUGAUCUGAGCUAGUGACUUGACAGAUUUCAGGUCAUUAAACUAAAGGGAAACUCCGAAGGUUUUUCAAAUUUGAGUUUUAGACUAAUUGAAAACAAUGCUUACAUCAACGUCAAGAACACCAUUUGGAUGACUUGGUUCACUUCAACAAACAACACUAUACCAUGAAUUACGGCAAAAAAAGUGUAUUAUUCCCACAUCGACCUUCAAGUCGCAGUAUUGAGAGUGAAAGUGUUCUUAGCUUUGAUGAUCUUGAAGAUGAUGAAAAAGACAAUGUCAAGCGUAAAACUAGAAACCUUAGUGAGAAAAAGAGACGUGAUCAAUUCAAUAUCCUCAUCAAUGAACUUUGUUCCAUGGUAGCAUCAAACACUAAAAAACUGGACAAGUCGUCUGUUCUCAAAUCUGCAAUACAGUUCCUCAAAAAUCACCAAGAAUUUUCUGUCCAGUCUGCAGCCAAUGAAAUUAAAGAAAAUUGGAAGCCAACAUUUUUGUGCAAUGAAGAGUUUGCUCAGCUUAUGCUAGAGGCUGUUGACAGUUUCUUGGUUGUGUUUACACAGCAGGGUAAAGUUUUGUUUACAUCAGAUAGUGUUACAUCUCUUCUGGGGCAUUUACCAAGUGAUCUCAUCAACCAUUCCUUAUAUGAUCUCAUGCAUGAAGAUGACAGGCUCAAGUUUUUUAAUUUACUUUCCAAACAACAAACAUCAGAUGAUAAUAGUAUUUCCUUCACUUGCCACUUGAGGAGGGGUACCAUUGACCCAAUGGAACCAGCCACCUAUGAGUAUGUCAGAGUCUGUGGUACCACACAGUUGCUGAAUGAAGUGGAAGAUGACAGUUUGAUCAGUAACAAUGGUGAUUUUAUUGGGCUAGACUUUCCGGAACCCACCCUGUGCUAUUGUUGCACUGUGCGUCUCCAGAUGUCACACAUCAUCAGGGAAAUGUCUGUGGUAGAUGAUAUGACCUGCGAGUUUACAUCUCGGCAUUCUUUGGAGCUCAAGUUUCUCUUUUUAGAUCAUAGAGCUCCACCUAUUAUUGGCUAUCUUCCCUUUGAAGUACUUGGCACAUCUGGAUAUGAUUACUACCAUCCUGAUGACCUUGAGGUAGUUUCAAAAUGUCAUGAGCAAUUGAUGUUGUUAGGGAAAGGAACAUCAAAGUUUUAUCGCUUCUUGACCAAGGGACAGCAGUGGAUCUGGCUUCAGACACAGUAUUUUAUCACCUACCAUCAGUGGAAUUCUAAGCCUGAGUUCAUAGUCUGUACUAACACAGUAGUGGGUUUUAGUGAUGUCAGAAAACAACUAAGGAAAGAUCUGGGCUAUGUGGAGGCAGAUGCUGGCAAUGUAGCCACUGUUUCUUCCAACAGCAAUAGUAAUUGCGGCAGUAACCCUGGUGUUAAUCAGGACAGCCAGCCACAGCAGGAGGGUCAUGUGACUUCCUUCAGCCAGUCUGAAAACAUUGGUAAAAUGGUCCAGUCACCAGACGUAGCAUCCACCCAGCACUCAGACAACGACUGUCCCCAGCAACCCCAUUCCACCAAGCAGGAGAGCAGCACCAAGAAGCACGUCAGCAGUCAGCUGCAGUCCUUGCUCCAGCUUCACCUGCAGAGGUCACUGGCUGCAUCCAAUGCCAUGCAGGCAGGCCUGACAACGACAGCUAUGUCCACUACCAAGUGUGUUGCCUCCUCCUCGUCUUUGGUCCAUAGCAUGUCAGAGACCAAGUCUUCUGGUCAGUUGACCAACAGUGUCCCUUCUGUUCUGUCUACUUCCAACCAUCAAGUCUCUAAUAGCCAGGCCAGAAGUGCUGCCAGUCUUGUCCCUAUCAUGGCUGCCAUGUCCAAUAAUUUGGUCACUAUGGGGUCAGGACAUAGACUCUUGAGCUCAGUGUCAUCAACUCUUGCUUGCCAAGAUUCUGUGAUUGUCUCAUCGCCAUUAUCAUCUCCCAUAGUCUGUGCUGACCAGAGGCCUAACUACCAGACAAGUCUGAUACUGACUCCAGCUCAGCAGUUACUCCAUGAGCAACUGGUGCACAAGUCUGAACUACUACAGAAUGCCAUUCAGAGGCAACAGGAGGAGCUCCGAAUGAUCAAAGAGCAGCUGGCUUUCACUCAUGGUAGCAGCCAGAUUGUAAACCAGCAGCAAAGACAAUUGCACCAGCCAUCACACUUGCAACAGCAGCAACAACACCAGUAUGUUCUACAGCAACAGUUGGGUAAUCUAGCCCUCCCUGGUCAGUCUAUGUUGUUGACUCAAGCUAACAACAGUAGCCAACUAGCCAUGAUGAGCUCUAGCCCUAAUCACAUCUUCCUCUCACCUGUUAGAAGUGUUGGCAUUGACUUGCAGUCUCAACAACAGCAGCAACAGCAGCCACAGCGACAGUUUCUGCAACAGCAGCAGCAGCUUGUCUUGCAGCAUGAUUCAGGUUUGAGUAGCCAUUCCAUGCUACUUUCUCCAAUCAGCUCCAGCCCACAGUUGACUAUGAUGAGCUCGAAUCCUAAUCAGAUUUUUCUCUCGCCCAUCAACAUGGACAUGUUGACCGGCCAGUCCCAACAGCAACAGCAGCAACAACAGCAGACACUACAUUUUCUUGGAGUCACUUGUAGUUCAUCUGACCCUACAUCUAACACGAUGGACUUGUCUGACUGACCAUGCUAAACAGCUACAGUGAUCUGAAAUUAUAAUUUUGUAGAGCAUAUAUAGAAUGCUUCUCCACUGCUCAGGAACUUUUUGAAAGAUGUGAUUCUUCAAUUGUAUUGAAAAAGAGAAAGAUCUACAUUUUAUCUGCUUCAAGUGCUAGUAGUAAGAACUGUCAUAGUGGUGACCAAAAAAUAGUCCCAUUAAAAAACUUAUUUGUCCCAAUUCAAGUAUAGGUUUUGCUAUGCAUAGCCAUUUUCUGUGCUAAUAAAUUAGUUACAUAUUUGAUGGGAAGUCUCAAGGAUUUCUAUGUGAUCAUUUCAAGCUAGGUCAAGUUAAAAAAUAUAAAUCCUACUGUCUUGUGGUUGUGUGCUUUUGUACUAAUUGCCACAGUACUAUUGGUGUAUAGGUAUAUAAUUAUUAACCUUUUUUUUUGAUGUUUGUUUGACUAGCAAGACAUAUUAAUUGGUAAGUAAUAAAUUUGUCUUAGUUAAUUAUGAUUUAAUGAAAAGAAAAUAAUGGUGUAACAGCUUUCUACUAUGUCUAUAUUUCAAUAGCUCUCUAGAAACUACCUGAGUUUCUCUAUUAAGUCUAGGUGUCCCUGGGUUCAGCUGUAAUUACAUCAAACAACAACUCGAUCAAAACACAGAAACUUUAUUAUACUUCAUGGCGCAUAUCACAUAUAUGGUCUCUCCUUGUCUACAAACUAGUACACUUCCAGUCAGGUUAUUCUUGCACUUAUUCCAACUGACAUGUAUCUGUGUAAAAAAUAGAUUAUACACACAUACAGACAUUCAUUCGUGACAUUUCGCCCCAUUCUAAAAUUAUAAUCAACUUUUACAAAGUUUACUAAAUAACACAAUUAUAAAACAACACAAUACCACAAAAAUGUUAAUUCGAUAGGCCACAAAGGCUCGUGGUAUGCCACACAGGCAUUUAUGUAGCCACACAGACUUCGAUGUAGUCAUUCUAAGUAAAAGACACACAGUCUAUCUUUAAGACACACAGUCUUAGUUGAAGACACAGUCUUAUUUAAAGACAUGAUCUAAGUUGAAGACGCUGUAAGUGGUUUAGCUUUAUCCACCAAAGGUAUCUGCCAAUACCCACAGGGUCAGGUCUAACUUAGUGAAAAAUGUUGCCUCUGCCAUUUGAGGUAACAAGUCUUCAGGAUUAGGUAAUGGUUCAGAAUCAAGUACAGUAACUUUGUUAAGUUUCCUAUAGUCAACACAUUCUUACUGCGCCUGAUUUUUUUCUAAAACCACCAUAGUGGUGACUCUGUUGGUGAUAUAAUUGUAUCUCUUCUUCCACUUCCUUCAUUUGCCCUAUAGGUACUGGAAAAGGUUUCUGUUUCACAGGUUCAGAGUCUUUGAGAAUAAUAUCGUGUUUAAUCGCUGUAGUUCUCCCUGGCACAUCCGUUAAUGUCGUCAUAUCUAGAUGGUACUUCCUUCACUUAUUUCUAUCUUGCUCUAUGGAUAGUAAUUCUGCAAUUUUCCAAUCUCUCCAGGUUCCUGUUUGACUCAAUGUCAAUACGGUAGUAAUGGACCAGUUAAUUGAUUUCAUCCUUCUCUGGUUCAUUCACUAUUGCACAACUAGCAUGAACUACUUCAUCAUCACUGUUAGUAUUGCUAACUGAAUAUGCAUCCAUCUGGUCGACAUUCUCGUUGAAAGGUGGCAGCUCUGGCUUCCAUCCAGGUUUCAUUUGUUCUUCUAUUUCUCCUCUCUAGUUCCCAUUCUGUUACUUUCAAUUUCUGUAUUUCAAUUUCAGCCUUUUUAAUUCUCUCUUUAGCCUCUCUAAGUCUUUCUUCAGGGUCUCUUUCUUUAGCUCUUUCAUCUUGAUCUCUUUCUUCUCUUUCUUUCACCCAUUCUUGUAAAGCGGUUCCAGUCAAUCCCAUCUCUUUUCCAGCGGCUAUUAUCUAUGAUAAUCUAUCUCUGCCAUUCUUGUUUAUAUGUCUAGCAUCCAAUAUAAACAAUACAAAUUGCUUUAUUACUGUGUUUGAACUAGUAUAGUCUUGGCUGAUUGACUUAGUUUUUUUCCCACCGUGCCACUGAGCACACACUAUUUACGACUUCAAGGCCUUCUUGGUCCUUGACCUUUUCACAAUGGCGAUCCGCAGUUUUGCCCAAUGCCUUCCAAAACUAAGUCAACUAAUUAAAAGAAUGGGCCUCCAAAUAUAUGUUACAGCUUUCUACUAUAUCUAUAUUUCAAUAGCUGUCUAGAAACUACCAGAGUUUCUCUCCAAGUCUGGGUGUCCCUGGGUUCAACUGUAAUUACAUCAAACAACUCGAUUAAAACACAGAAACUUUAUUAUACUUCAUGGCACAUAUCACACACUGAUUUCUCCUUGUCUACAAACUAGCACACUUUCGAUCAUUUGCUCAUAGGUUCCAACUGACAUAUAUUUGUAAAAAAAAUAGAUUAUACACACAUACAGACAUUCAUCCGUGACAAAUGGUCAGAAAAUCUUUUUUUUUUUUCUUUUACUCUUAAUUCAAUUUUACACACAAAGCUUGUUAUUGCAUCAUUUACAAAAGGGAGAUAAGUUUGUAUAGUGAGGACUGAGAUUUAGAGAAUUCUAAUGUAUUUUUGAAAAGAGCAAGUUAUUUUAUUCUUUUUUCAUUCCAUUGUACAAAGAAGAAAUAUUACACACAACUGGUUUAAUUUCUCCCAAACUUAUGUCUUUUUAUAUUAGGCUUAACAGUGUAACAUGCAUGUUCUGUUCAGUCUUUACUGAUGACUGAGAAACCUUUAUUUUGCAAGUCAUUAUUCUAUAACACUUUGGCUGACUUGCCGAACAUUCCUUAAUUUAUUUCACAUACCUAUUAUAUCAGCAUGAUUGGGCUUGGAAAUAUUUAAAUUUCUUGAAGUUACCCAGAUGGAAGUUCAAUCUGCUCAACUUAGUGGUCUGUCACACUGUGGCACCAUGUUCCUUAUUCCAAUUCCAACAUUUAAAUUUCCUUUUACUAGAUGUUUUAUUAUUUAUUGUUCAACAUUUUAUUCUUUUUUUUUUUUUUUUUUCUAAUGCAGAACGAAUUUCUAAAUGUUUGAAGCAUAGUGGGUUAAAUAAUUUCUAAAUGUUUGAAGCAUAUUGGUUAAAUAAUUUCUAAAUGUUUGAAGCAUAGUGGGUUAUAUAAUUUCUAAAUGUUUGAAGCAUAGUGGGUUAAAUAAUUUCUAAAUGUUUGAACCAUAGUUGGUUAAAUAAUUUCUUCAUGUUUGAUGCAUAGUGGGUUAAAUAAUUUUUUAAUGCUUGAAGCAUAGUAGGUUAAAUAAUUUCUAAAUGUUUGAAGCAUGUGGGUUAAAUAAUUUCUAAAUGUUUGAAGCAUAGUGGGUUAAAUAAUUUCUUCAUGUUUGAAGCAUAGAGGGUUAAAUAAUUUCUUAAUGUUUGAUGCAUAGUGGGUAAAAUAAUUACUAUAUCCAAAUUCUAAUUGGAAGCGCUAUUCAGAUUAAUUUCAAACAAACGUACAAGUCAUUCCUUUAUACAAAAAAAAAUGAAAUUGUUCACAUUGAUCAAAUUUGGUGCCAAAUUUGCAUGUUCAUUGCCUUCUCUUCUUUCUCCUCAUGUUUUGUGCUGAUUUCAAUGUGCCAAUCUCUGUAAUAAGAAAGUGUUAGGAAAAAUGUACAGCAUGUUUAUGGUGAUAGAGUAUGCUGUUUAGUGUGGGCUACAUUAUAUUGGGUCAGGAUUCAUGGUUAACUUGUAUUGUAUAAAGAUCAAUGGCUAGGUUGUAUUGUGAGAAGAUUCAUGUAUUUUAUUGUGUGAAGAUCCAUGGCCGGGUUGUAUUGUGAGAAGAUCCAUGGCUGGGUUUUAUUGUGAGAAGAUCCAUGGCUGGGUUGUAUUGUGAGAAGAUCCAUGGCUGGGUUUUAUUGUGAGAAAAUCCAUGGCUGGGUUGUAUUGUGUGAGCAUCCAUGGGUGGCAGAGAAGGACUUGUAUAUAUUAUGUCAAGUACGGAUGUCUACAAAAAUUCAUAACUAUGGUGAGACUUAUUUCAUGAUGGCAUGAAGGCUAGUGUUUAGGAGAGUAGAGAACCAUCAGAGCCCUUUAAAGUAUCAAAGGGGAUAAAACAAGGUUGUGUCCUAGCACCCACACUGCUGACAGAUGCAUUUACAAAUAAAGAGAAUAAUGGAAUAAAUAUAAUGUAUGCUUUGAUGGUAGUCUGUUCAACCCAAGGCGGCUCAAAGAAAAUCAAAAUCAGCUGUAAUCAAGGACUUGCUAUUUGCUGACAACUGUGUCCUUAAUGCCUUCUCUGAAAAUGGUCUGCAGAGCAUCAUCAGUGACUUUUCAAGAGCAUGUUCAGACACACAUAAACACAAAAAAGAUCGAAGUCUUGUAUUUGCCUGUUCCAGGUAAAGCCUACUCGGACCCAAGCAUUAAGAUAAACGGACAGGAAAUAAAUGCAGUGGACAGAAUCAUCUACCUUGGCAGCACACUCUCCAGAAACGGAAAGAUCGAUAAUGAUUUCGACUCGUGUAUUGCCAAAGCCAGUGCAUCCUAUGGCAGCCUGUCUUAAAAAAUUUUUGAAUAGACGAGGUAUCACCACAAGCUAGGGGGCUGUCAAGCUGUCAUCCUCCCUACAUUGCUCUAUGCCCCAGAAACAUGGACAGUAUAUAGAAAACAUGCCCAAAAAAUACUGAACCACUUCGAAAUGAUCUGUCUCAGGAAAAUACUGAAUGUUAAAUGGCAAGAAAAAAUACUUAGGUCUCACCAGACAAAUGAUGAGACACAAAACUCUAGUGCUAAGCCCUCAGCCCCCUGGAUGACAAAAGUGGUCAUCAUCAAACCAUGAUGGAUGAAGUCUUUAUAUGAAUUGUGUGAGGAUCCAUGGUUAGGUUGUAUGGCAUGGUUUUAUUAUGUGGGGUGGGGGGGGGGGGGGUCCUUGGUUGUAUACCUCUACUGUGUAUGUAUAUGAUCUGUACCAUAAACUUGGGUUGUGUUAUUUUGAUGUUAUUUUGUGCAGUCACAUGUAUAUAACUGAUUGUGUUUCUGUUACUAUCUAUAACAAAACUAUCUUAAUGUUUCCAUACUCCAGAUAUUUAAACUUUAGUUUCAUAUAUACAAUUAAUGCUGUGAUCUGUUGAAUAUUUUUUUUGUGUGUGAUUUGAAUUGACAUUUUUUUUAAUGUUCAGCAUGAUUUUUUGUUGUUUAUACUAGUGAUAGAAAUAUGUAGAAAUGUUUUAUUUUAAGCAAUUUUAUUUACAAUACAAUACAUAAAGAACAUUAUUUAUAAUGUGAAAAAAAAAUUGUGAAAUGAUUGUGUGUACUUAUUUGUUGAUAUUAUAAAGUGCCAAACAUCAUAUUGUUGAUUCUGUUUAUACAUUCUAAUGUCCCAGAUAUAAUUGUCAAGUUAUUAAUGCCAGAUUUACUAUGUUUAUAGUUAUAUUUUGUAGUUGCACACCUUAUGGAAAUGGUUGGUUAGAUCUACAUACUUGCAACUUAAAAGAAUCACAUUGUAAGAUAUUUUUAACUCAAUUUUAUAUUGUAGUUUUAGUCAAAGAUUUUUUUGUUGACUUUUAAAAAAAAACAAAGAGUAACAUCAGAAAUUAAUUUAGUGAGAUUUUUAUAGGAUCAAAAGUAAGGCUA